AAUUUGAAAUUGAGUUACUACUACACGUAAAACUGGAACAAUAAUACAUAAAAUCUAUGCACAUACCAAAAAAAAAAAAAAAAAAUCCAGUUACCUCACAUGCUACGAAUAUUGACAUUUUAAAAUCCAAAUUCCAACACGCUUUCAAACAACCAAUGGAAAACUGAUGAAGAAGAGAAAAAGGAGAGACGCCAACGAAGGAAAAUAAGAGGGAAGAAGAGUCAAGUGGCUCUGUUUCCACAAGAGACGCCAAUGGAGGAAAAAACGUUCGAUGGCUGCAAUAAUCCUAAAGGAUAGUACUACUACCUUUACUAGAAUUUGAAGUUAAAGAUGGCUGUUUUCAUAGUCAUAUAUAGAGGCUCCUACAUCUCACUAUUAUAAAUACUAAUUUCGACUCUUCCACUUUGCUCUCCAAUACUCUUCCAAGUCACUUUUCUAGCACUAAAUUAAAGGUCCAAUAUAUAAAAGCCCAGCUAAGAUCCUAUACUCUUAGAAAUUAAUGGCCUUAGCUGCAGUCACUAAUACUGUACUGCACUACCCAGAAGAAACACUUCACCCCAUUCCCAAUUUAUCUCCAAGUCUUUGGGGUGAUAGUUUCCCUUCAUUCGCUGUUGACAAUAAGGUUGCAGAAAAGCAUGUUCAAGAGAUGGAAACUAUGAAGGAAAAAACGAGAAGUAUGUUAUUAGCAUGUGGAAAAACAGUAUAUGAGAAAUUGAAUCUAAUAGACAUUAUUGAACGCCUUGGUAUAGCUUAUCAUUUUGAAAAACAAAUAGACAAUAUGUUGUAUCACAUACACAAUGCCGAUCCAGACUUUGAGGGUCAUGAAUACAAUGAUUUGUACAUUUGUGCCCUUCAAUUUCGAAUGCUGAGACAACAUGGUUACAAUAUCUCACCAGGUGUGUUUAGAAAAUUCCAAUAUGGCAAUGGUCAAUUCAAGAGGAGUCUUAGUACCGAUGUUUUGGGCAUGGUGUGCUUAUACGAAGCUUCACAUGUGAGGACUCAUGGUGAAUACAUCUUAGAUGAAGCACUUGCUUUCACUACGACUCACCUUCAGUCUACAGUUCAACAUUUAAAGUCUGCUCUGAAAAAACAAGUUACACAUGCCCUUGAGCAAUCUCUGCAAAAGGGCAUACCAAGAGCCGAGAUACGCUACUAUAUCUCUAACUAUGAUGAGGGUGAAUCGAAAAAUGAUGUGUUACUACGAUUUGCCAAAUUGGAUUUCAAUUUACUUCAAAUGUUAUACAAAAAUGAACUCGGUGAAAUAUCAAGGUGGUGGAAAGACUUGAAUUUUAUGACAACACUUCCCUAUGCUAAAGAUAGAAUAAUGGAGUGUCACUUUUGGACGGUAGGAGUUUACUUUGAACCUCAAUAUUCUCAAGCUCGUAUUAUGCUUGCCAAGACUAUAGCAAUGAUUUCAAUAGUAUAUGACACUUUCAACGCUAGUGACAUCUUGAAAGAACUUGACAUUUACACUGAUGCCAUACAAAGGUGGGACAUUAAUCAAAUUGAUGAGCUCCCAAAUUACAUGAAACUUAGCUAUAAAGCUCUUCUAGAUCUAUAUGAGGAUUAUGAAAAAGAGUUGGCCAAGGAUGGCCGAUCCUCUGUUGUCCAUUAUGCAAAAGAAAGGAUGAAAGAAGUUGUGAGAAGCUAUUAUGUCGAAAAAAUAUGGUUCAUCAAAGGAUAUAUGCCACACGUUUCUCAGUAUCUUAACAAUGCUUUAGCUACUAGCACAUAUUACUUGCUCGCAACAACAUCCUGCUUAGGCAUGAAAUCUGCUAUCGAGGAAGAUUUUGAGUGGUUGUCAAAGAACCCAAAAUUUCUUGAAACAAAUGCUACAUUAUGUCGCGUUGUUGAUGACAUAGCAAGCUACGAGGUUGAGAAGGGUAGAGGCCAAAUUGCAACAAGAAUUGAGUGCUACAUGAGAGAUUAUGGCGUAUUAACAGAAGAGCUAAUGGACAAAUUCCAAGAAAUGAUUGAAAUAGCGUGGAAGGAUGUGAAUAAAGGAAUUCUCAAACCAACUCAUGUCCCUAUGGAGAUUCUUAAUCGCAUUCUCAAUCUUGCUCGUGUUAUAGAUGUUACAUACAAACACAAUCAAAAUGCUAAAAGUUUUUAAACCAAAGACACAAUUGCUCUGCUCGUGGAAUCUAUAGAAAUAUAAACCCUCAACCAUAUGCUGAUCUAGAGAGCUGUUGGCUCCCCAUUGGAAAAAAAAUUUCUACUUAUUAUUAAUUUUGCAUGUAUGUUGUAUAUGUUAUAAAUAGAAUUUUAUUUAUGGUGAAUGUCUAUAUUUAGAGAGAUUUUAGGGUUCAU